GAACAUCAGAGAACGUCAGAACACUAAUAAGUCGAGAAGUUGGGAAAGAAAAGCCCCUAAAUCAACUGAUUGAGCGAGAGAGGUAUGGAAGGUGAGGCAACUCGGGUGAUGGUAGCGGUGAACGAGUCGACGAUCAAGGGCUAUCCACAUGCUUCCAUUAGCAGUAAAGGAGCAUUCGAGUGGACUCUUAACAAGAUUGUUCGUUCCAACACUUCUGGUUUCAAACUCCUCUUCCUCCAUGUCCAAGUUCCCGAUGAAGAUGGUUUUGAAGAUAUGGAUAGCAUAUUUGCAUCACCUGAUGAUUUCAAGGGCAUGAAAAACAGGGACAAGAUUAGAGGGCUCCAUCUGCUGGAGUACUUUGUUAACCGCUGUCAUGAAAUUGGGGUUCCUUGUGAAGCAUGGAUAAAGAAAGGUGAUCCCAAGGAAGUCAUCUGCCACGAAGUCAAACGUGUACAGCCAGAUCUUCUUGUGGUUGGUUGCCGUGGUCUUGGUCCUUUUCAGAGGGUUUUCGUGGGAACUGUAAGUGAGUUCUGCGUGAAGCAUGCUGAAUGUCCUGUUGUCACAAUUAAGCGCAGUGCAGCUGAGACUCCUCAGGACCCAAUAGAUGACUAAUUCAUUUGGUGUAUUUGACCACUUAAUGAUCAAAGAUGCAUACAUAUUGGUUGAAUGACUUGUGAUGGUGUGGAAAGAUUGUGGGGGAUUUUCAUUCUGGUCUUCUAAUAUAGCCUAUAUCUGCCUGCCUUGUGGGGUUUGUGUUCGUACAUGAUUGUUGAGUACAUGUGUCUGAGCUUUGAGUGCUCCUCGUUACGCUUGGUAUAGUGUUUGUAUAUUUCUCCUUUAUUCUGAUGAAUGUGUUGCCUAAACAUCUGUAUGUAUGCUAUGCUUUGCAAUCGUAAAAGAAUUUUCAUCCUUGCACGUCUGGGA